CCGUCCCUCCGCUCAUUCACCAACAAGCAAAACACCACGUCCAAACCGCACCAUUCUUGCUGCACUUCCAGAUCCCCGCGAGUCACUGAACAUCCUCGCCUUCUGGAUUUUACCAUCACUUCUUCACAAUGUCUGCCAUUCAGUUAACACCCUCCAAGAAGGCUGCUUCUGCCAUUGAGACUCUCAAGAUGUCCGACUCUCCAGCAAAGAAGCUGAGCUUCAAGCCCGAAGACAAGGAGAACGUUUACAAGCCCAUCGUCGGCAUUCCCGAUCUCGACGACAUCAAGGAGGAGAAGCCUUCGAAGCCUGUCACGGCACCCACAAUCAAGCCCGAGGAGGCCCACGAGCCUCUAUUGCAAGAGAACCCUCAGCGUUUCGUCCUUUUCCCCAUCAAGUACCAUGAUAUCUGGCAGAUGUACAAGAAGGCCGAAGCUUCCUUCUGGACCGCCGAGGAGAUCGAUCUCUCCAAAGACCUGCACGACUGGAACAAGCGCCUCAACGACGACGAGCGCUUCUUCAUUUCACACGUCCUUGCCUUCUUCGCCGCUUCCGACGGUAUCGUCAAUGAGAACCUGGUGGAGCGCUUCAGCGGCGAGGUACAAAUACCAGAGGCACGCUGUUUCUACGGCUUCCAGAUUAUGAUGGAGAACAUUCACUCCGAGACCUACUCUUUGCUCAUCGACACGUACAUUAGCGAGCCCAAGCAGCGCCAGUAUCUUUUCAACGCCAUUGACAACAUUCCCUGCAUCCGCAAGAAGGCCGACUGGGCCCUCCGCUGGAUCUCGGACAAGAACUCCACCUUCGCCAGCCGCCUCGUCGCGUUCGCCGCAGUGGAGGGCAUCUUCUUCAGCGGCUCGUUUGCAUCCAUCUUCUGGCUGAAGAAGCGGGGUCUCAUGCCCGGCCUGACCUUCUCCAACGAGCUCAUCUCCCGUGACGAGGGCAUGCACACCGACUUCGCCUGCCUACUCUUCUCCCUCCUCAAGACGCGUCCCAGCAACGAGGCCGUGCGCGCCAUCAUCACCGAGGCCGUUACCAUUGAGCAGGAGUUCCUGACCGAGGCUCUGCCGUGCGCGCUGCUCGGCAUGAACGCGACGCUCAUGUGCCAGUACAUUGAGUUCGUGGCCGACCGCCUGCUGCUGGCGCUCGGCAACAGCAAGGUGUACCACGCCACCAACCCGUUCGACUUCAUGGAGAACAUCUCGCUGGCGGGCAAGACGAACUUUUUCGAGAAGCGCGUCGGCGACUACCAGAAGGCGGGCGUCAUGGCCAGCACCAAGAAGUUUGAGCAGCAGAAGGAGGGGUCGUCGUCGCCGGCCGAGGAAACGAGGAAGAAUACCAAUGGGGAUUUCUCGUUUGAUGAGGAUUUCUAGACGAUUGCUUUCCCUGAUUGUUUCUUGGUUUCUUGUUUUCAUCUAGCUGCAUUUUGGAUCCUUGUGGGUACUGGCGUUUGGUACUGGAUACCACUCUUCUGUUUUGCGGUUCUUUCGCAUUUCUCCCCGCUCCGUGCGCGAGACGAGCAUGCACCGCGUAACUGUACAACACGGCGCGGUACGCGUUGCUUUGUUCAUCAUCACUACUCUGUUAAAGAUAUUGGCGUUUAGACGGCGUCGUUGAGGGAAAUCGGGUUGGAUGAGCAAAUGGGUUCGGGGUCGGAGGAGGGAGGUUGGUAGACGAUGGAGGCAGGGUCUGGGGAUGGGAGACAUGGCUUGUCAGGGUAGUUCACGAAUGGGAUGAGUUACAGCACUUUGAAGAGCGCCCUGACGUGUAAGUCAAGCAGCAGAAGAAACGGGCAUGAGGAGAGGUCAUUAUCAUCUUCAUCUGUAUACAGCACUUGGACAG